AUGGCAGACGACAAAGGCGAAUUCAACAAAGCAGCAAGAGAAAUAUAUCAACUGGACGAAACCGACAGCGAAUCAGACGAAGAAGAACCAACACCUCGAAUCGACGAGCAAACGUUUCGUAACCACAAAAUUAAUAAGCUGGAUGCCAAAUUUCAACUUGCUAAGUCAUCUGGAAUCUACGACGCAAGCUUCAGAUUUCCACAAAACUUGCUCAGAGGCAACGUCUUCAGUCUGGGCAACUACCACCAAUGCCUCGCUAUAAACCAGCCUGAAGGCAUCCGAGGCAAAUACUGCCUCAUUCAGACCCAUAGCCUGCAAAUACCUAUCUUGGCUGGGGGCAACGUCACUUGGGCUGAACUUGAAAAUGUAUGGAGUGAAGAGAAUUUGAGGGCGUUUAAGGCGGCGCCAGGACUUGCUUUAAAUGAUGAAGACAUUUCUAGAACGUCUGUCAUUGAUAUAAUCAAUGGGGCUCCAUCGUUAACACUCGCCGUCUGCAUACCGCGCUCCUGUAAAGUGGCCGAUGUCUUAGACGCGUUGGACAGCAACUAUAAUGUGCAGUUCAACUACACUGAACAGUUCUGUCGUUUGCCAGGUGACAAGCCUCACUCCGGAGCUGAUAUUACUGCUCUUGUGAUAUUUUCUAUCAUCGGAUGUUUGACUUUGGCAAGCACGGCAUAUGAGCUAAACCACAUAUUUAUAAAGAAAGCCACCACAAAACCUGAUGAGCUACGAAGCUGUUUCUCAGUAUACGGCAACACAGACCGCCUGCUGACGCUCGCCAGCAAGCCCGGCGCGCUUGACUGCCUCGACGGCAUCCGAGCCCUCUCCAUCCUCUGGGUCAUCACAGGACACUCGUUCCUUGCCCAUCUCAACACGUAUUUAAGCAACUAUUUUGAUUUGCUUGAAUGGUCAACAAAUUUAAGAGCAUUUUACAUUUUGGCUGCAAACUUGAGCGUUGACUCGUUCUUUGCGCUCAGUGGUCUCCUGCUAGUUUACACAGCAGCCAAUAAAAUGAAGCCUAUGCAACUAAUAAAAAGCCUGCACCUAUUCUACCUUCACCGACUCCUGCGCAUGUUCCCGUUGCUGGCAGCCGCGGUGUUGCUCCAAGCAUCCGUGUUUCACCAGGUGUCCGACGGCGAACGUUGGAACCGCGUCGCGUGGGAGACACAGAAGUGCCGCGACCAUUGGUGGUCGGCACUGCUGCAUAUACAGAACCUGGUCAACCCUCGAGCAAUGUGCGUGGCCCACUCAUGGUACCUGUCAGUGGACGUGCAGCUGCACAUCCUGUCACCGCUGCUUCUGUUCUGGGUACUUGGCAGCCGCCGCUCCGCCUGGGCCGGGCUCGCUGCCGCAAUCCUGGGCUCUCUCACCUUCGUCACUGUCUAUAGCUUCCUGAUGAACUUCAAUGGAGACCAACUAGACGAUCGUUACUCAGUAUACUUCUAUCGUAACACCCUUGCACGGUCACCGGUAUUCAUAAUCGGCAUGCUGUGCGGAUACGUGCUGCACGUUUCAAGAAAUAAGAAGAUUGUAAUGCCUUGGUGGUUGGUUUGCUUCGGACACACAUUGGCUAUAGUACUGUCAGGGUACUGCAUGUACCACGACCACCCCGAAUGGAGCCAAUUAGCCAUCAAUUUCAACAUAGCACUGGUACGGCCUGCUUGGGCUGUCUCGCUCGGCUGGCUCAUUGUCGCAUGUGUCAACGGAUACGCAGGUCCGAUCAACUGGUUCCUUUCCAUCAAUCUUUGGAAGUUUGUAGCCCGAAUCUCAUACGCAAUGUACAUCUUCCACCUCCCAAUGCAGUUCAUCAUGGUUGGCGCCAACAUCAUGCCCAUUUACUUCAACUUCGAAGGCGUUUUUAUAAACCUCGCGAGUGAUGUGGCGUACGCGGUAAUCGUGGCGGUAGUUAUGUGCGUGCUUGUGGACGCGCCCUUCUCUACGCUUAUCCGGAGGCUGAUGGCGGGUAAGUAUCACCCCUAUCAAUUGAAGGUACCGUAAAUUCGAGUAACUUUGGCCCAAAG